GUAUUGAUGUUCCCAUGCAGGCUGAGCAGUCGCACCUUUACACCAGCUCCGGACAAUGAACCGCCCCUCUCCUUCCUUCACUCCGCUGUAGCCUUCACUUGUUUUUUUUUCAUACAACGAACACACGCCGUCGGGUCGGACGGAGACUUUCUCCUUGUAAACCUGUGAGCUGUGUCUUGAGUCUCCUCGGUUUGCCUCCGACACCAGCAGGACUCUCCCGGUCACCCUUCACUUCACCACCAGUCGUUGAAGACGUCGCGUGGCUUCGGCGGGUGCUACCAAAGGAGAAAAUCGAUACGAGCAGACAAACAGCAGCAGACACUAGUCUGAGACAGGAGAGCUGAAGUAAGAGGCUUGAGGAGUGAAUGGUGUGAACAGUGUUGGAAUGCAACAGGAUUAUCAUCUGACUUUAGCUCAGAGGAGGCGAAGCAACCAGACCAUUAGAUCACACAUUUUCUGAUCUUUGCUGCACUACAAUGCCUUUGAGGUUACGAUGUCUACGCUGAAGCACGUUAUUCUGCACGAUAAAGACCAGGAUGUUGAAAAGAAGCUCGACUGGAGUUACAUUGAAUGGGCUGAAAAUGAAGUUAUUACCACAGGUGUGGCGAAUGCACAGACACAAACGGACUGGGGGCCCUUUGAGCACAAGGAGAGUCAGACCAGCAACCCGGUCAUAAUGCACAUAGACCUCACACGGACACACUCCAAGCUGAGACACUCGUCUCUGGUGGACACUGAUGGCUUGGUAGCACCUCUCUUCCAGUUUGAUCGGCAGGCCCCCGCCCGCAUCUCCACGUCUCCGACUUUGAGGAGGAUGAGGAGCACCCGACGUCCUUUGAUAGAUUCUCGGGAUCCUCUGAGGAUGGGGAGCACACAGGAGGAGCCUUCCUCUGCAGGCACACCACCCCCUAUAAGACCCCUGUCUCCAGUGCACAGAGUCAAGUCUCCUCUUGCAGCUAGCCCCCUCUCUGAUGGAGAGAUCUGUCAUGAUCAUCAGCCCAUUUCAUCCUCUGGCCGACAGAGAACCAGAUCAUAUAGAUCAAAGACUUUUGACAGUGGUAUCACUUCCACCAGACAAGAAUGUCGCAGCGCUCAUCCUACUCUUAUUAAAGAUUUUGGAUUUCUUCAUGGUGAAGUGCAGGAGAAAGAUCACUGCUAUACUAGGCUUCAGGAAAGAAGACGGAGUUCUGUGGUAGUCAGCUUGCCCGGAUUGGAUGUCUCACCAGGAGAUCUUUUUGUAUCCAAUGGAGCAGCUGGCAUAUUAAGUGGUAUAAACUUCUCUGAUACAAAGAAGUCAAAGUGGCCUUUUUCAAGGCGUAGUACGACUAAAGGGAAGUUGCAGACAGGCACAGUGUCAGAUAUUGAAAAAUAUCUCUCAACAGCACAGAUUCAAGACUGGAAAGACACUGACCUUCAGAAGUAUAAGGACUACUCUCUGGCAGAGUUCCUGCGGGACCAGUCUUCCCAGGUGAGCGUGGCCUCUGACCCUCAGGGCUUCAAGAGGCAAGAAGCCCUCUGGGAGCUCUUCACCAGCGAGUGUUUCUACUUCCUGGAUCAGCUCAUGGUUCUCAAAGAGGUGUUUUUGGCUACGCUCACAAACCUGCAGAUGAGGAACUGCCUGACUGACGUCGACUCCUGGAGACUGUUUGCAAACCUCAAUGAGCUUUGCCUGGUGAGCUUUGGUUUCCUGAACAACCUCCUCUGCGUCAUCAAGGACACGUUGGAGAUUACCGAGGGUGGCGGGCCCACCCUGCUGGAGCUGCUGAACAAGGCUUUCCAGGAGAGCAUAUGUCACUGCCUGCAGAAGUACUGCCUCAACUACUCCACGGCUCUUCUUUAUCUGGACAGCCUGAAGCCCAGAGAAGACUUUGGCUCUUAUGUGAAGCCCUGCUCUCACCCUGUCCUCUCUCUGCCUCCCCCCUUUUCUCCCAAGUGGUGUGAGAGGAACGAGCAGUGCCGGAGGCUGCAACUGCGUGACCUGUUGGUGGUGCCUCUGCAGAGGCUGACUAGAUACCCGCUGUUGUUGCGGAAUAUCGCAAAGAGAUAUCAGACGGAGGACGAGACCAGAGGCCUGCAGGCUAUAGCAGAGCAAGUGGACACGUCUAUAUGUGAUCUGGAGGGAAAGGUCAAAUGGCUGGAUAACUACCAGAAGGUGAAACAGCUGCGAGAUGCCCUGGUGUGGCUGCCUGUGUGGGAGAGAGACAAGCGUGCCUUCGUCCCUGAGAAUCUGAAACAUCUCCUAAAAGCUGUCACUCUGGAGAAUCUCAUUUCUCACAGAAGUCUGCUGCAUGAAGGGAAACUGGUGCUCACAGAGAACACCAAGCUGAUAGAUGUUUAUCUGUUCCUGUUUGACGAAUUCCUGCUGAUCACAAAGAUAAAGAGAAACAAGAAGAGGUCCAUCGGCCCAGAACAGAAUCCUCUCAGGCCGCCACAGAACCUGGAGCUGGAUCAGCUGCUGAAGGAGGGAUGCACUUUCAUGGUUCUCGACCAGCCCGUCUCUCUGGACCGACUCCAGCUCAAGAACAUUGAUCAGCUUAAUGCCUCAACAUCAGGGCUUCCUCAUUCUUUCAUAAUCAUGCACCAGAACCGCUACCAGCAGUGUAUCGGUGCAUUCAUCCUGCAAGCUGCGUCAGAGUCGGCCAAGAGAGUGUGGAUGUCAAAGAUAGAGGGCGCUGUAAUGGCGCUGCUGAAGCUGGACUCUCAGCAGCCGCGAGUCAAGAGCUCCUCACUGUGGCUGGAGUCUUCACAGAUAUGACCAAUCAAACAGCACUAGAAGCCAUCUGCAACAUCUUUCCUGUGCACUUCACUGUCCCCUGAAGUCCUGUGAAUGACUGUACUGUACUAGCACUAGGAUCAUUUUGUAAACUAAAUGUUUGCCUGUAAAGGCGGCUGCUGCCAUAGUGUACAAUAAAUGUCUGAUUAUGUA